CACGCCAUUCCCCAUCUCUUUCCCCACCCACCACCCCCACUCAGGCUCACCGCCGAGCCGAUCUCCGACGGCCGCCGCCAUGUCGUCCGCCGCUGCGCUCCUCCUCCGCCCCACCUCCGCCACAACGCGCCCGCUCCUCCACCUACCCAGCCCCAAAUCCUUGGUCCUCCGCCUGCACCCGUCUCGCCGCCGCCUGCCCGUUCCGCGCCUCUCCCUCGUGCCCACCACCUCCAGCAACAGCAACAAUUCCCCUCACGCGCCGUCCCCUCCGGUCCCCUCGCCUGAGCCCGCGGCCCCGCCUCCCGUGCUCGCGAAUUGGACCCCGCCGCGCGCGAUCUGGCGGGGCCUCUCGGCGCUGCUCCUCGCGGGGCAGGUCUUCCACCGCGUCCUCACGGGCCGCGUCCACCGCCGCAACCUCCUGGCGCAGCUCCGUCGCGUGGGUCCAGGGAGCGCCGGGGUCGCGCUCCUCACCGCCGCCUUCGUCGGCAUGGCCUUCACCAUCCAGUUCGUGCGCGAGUUCACGCGCCUCGGCCUCCACCGAUCCGUCGGCGGCGUCCUCGCCCUCGCGCUCGCGCGCGAGCUCUCGCCGGUCGUCACGGCCGUCGUCGCCGCCGGCCGCGUCGGCUCCGCAUUCGCCGCCGAGCUCGGCACCAUGCAGGUGUCCGAGCAGACCGACACCCUCCGCGUCCUCGGCGCCAACCCCGUCGACUACCUCGUGGUCCCGCGCGUCCUCGCCUGCGUGCUUGCGCUCCCGGUGCUGACACUGAUCAGCUUCGUGCUUGGCCUCGCCUCCUCGGCGUUCCUGGCCGACUCUGUCUUUGGCGUCAGCGUCAGCAUUAUUUUGGAGUCGGCGCGCAGGGCGCUGCGGCCAUGGGACUUGAUCAGCUCCUUGCUGAAAUCUCAAGUGUUUGGAGCCAUUAUCGCGGUGGUGAGCUGUGCCUGGGGUGUCACAACCCAUGGAGGAGCCAAGGGUGUUGGCGAGUCUACAACAUCUGCAGUGGUCGUUUCUCUGGUUGGGGUUUUCAUUGCAGACUUUGCUCUGUCCUGCCUGUUCUUCCAGGGUGCUGGUGAUUCACUCAAGUAUGCAAUGGGUUGAGGCAGGGUCACUGCAGAGGAAAUUUUUGCUUUGUAGGAGCGUAGCAUAGUCUUGUACAUUAACAAGAAUGGUGCAGCAGAUUCAAAUAGGCAAACAUUGCAACAUCAGCCGCUCUCCAGCCCUUGCAUCAUCAGGACGUGUCUCUGCCUCUCUGGAAUGACGAAUUGGACUGUUUCAUCUUCACUUAUUUGGUUAAAUUUCAUCAUUAUUUGUUUGUCAUGCUACUUAGGUAGGUUCUACUCUUCCUCCAAAAAAAAAGAAGUUAUGUACUAUUGUCCACAGGAUUACUGCCUCAUCUGGACAUGUCUAUGGAAUAAUGAAUUGGACCGUUUCACCAUCAUUUGGUUAAUUUUCACACUGUGGCCCUU